AUGGCUACUACGGCUCGAGUGCUGUUGACGACUGAGCCCACUAUAGCCCUGCAGCAGAUUGAACUUCAACCAACCGGUAGCAAUGCAAACGCAAAUCAACGCGAAUGGGCAUCAGACGGGAUCCCGUCGGACAAGACUCAGGAAGCUUUGACAAAGAACAACAUCCUCAAAGUCGUCGCAGCCAGCGUAUCGUUCUUCUUCGCUGGCAACAACGACGGUAGUCUAGGUGCUUUAACGCCCUACAUCCUCCGAACUUACAAUGUCAGCACCGAAUACAUCGCUUUCAUCUACGGUGCAACCUUUCUGGGCUGGCUAUUCGCAGCAGCCACCAACGGCCAUAUGGCUCGCUAUUUGGGACUCGGAACGAUCCUCACACUGGGUGCAGGCAUCCAAGUCGCAGCCCAUGCGCUCCGUUGCUGGACGCCGCCAUUUCCUCUUUUCGUUGUCACUUUUUUCCUCCAAGCAGCAGGCAUGGCGUACAACGAGUCACAUGCUAACACCUUCGUUGCGUCUUUGAAGAGUGCGCAUCGCCCUCUGGGGUUUAUUCAUGCCAUGUACGCUCUAGGGACGCUGGUCUCGCCGUUUGUAGCUACGAGUAUCGCAUCUGCCGUUCCGUCCCGUUGGGCGCUGUUCUACCUCUACCUUGUCGGCGUUGGGAUCGCGAAUAUGUUGGCUGCGGCUAUCACUUUCCGCGGAAGCCUCAAGAUGCAUGCAAAGCCUGCGCCGUGUGAGGGGCAGGCGGCAGUGGACUCGAGCAGAAGAAAACAGGCAAACAAAGAUAUCGUGGCUGCUCUGAAAUCGCCGCCGGUAUACUUGCUCUCAGUAUUCUAUUUCUUCAUGCUGGGCACCGGUGUCACAGCAAGUGGUUGGGUGGUCGAGUACCUUAUCGAAGCGCGCAACGGCAGGCUGCCAGAAGUCGGAUAUAUGCCUGCUGCUCUCGCAGGCGGCAUUUUCCUUGGGCGACUCAUCCUUGCUGAGCCAACCUAUCGAUUUGGCGAACGACGCAUGACACUAGCUUACUGCAUCGUUUUACUAGCUCUGCAGCUCGUUUUCUGGCUUGUUACAAACUUCGUCAGCAGUACGGUUUCCCUCUGUUUCUUUGGUUUCUUCUUCGGACCGAUGUUUGCGACCGGCAUGUCUGUGGGCUCAAAGCUCUUCCCGAAAGAACUGCAACCGACUGCUCUGGGAUAUGUCUUCGUUUUGGCGCAGGCAGGCGGCUCGUUCUUCCCCGCCAUCACUGGAAUUAUAGCGAGCCGUGUCGGUGUCAAAGUCAUGCAGCCGAUCUUGGUCGGGUUGAUCGUUGCUACCGGGAUUUCUUGGGCACUAGUCCCGAAGGUCAAGCACAGAGAUGUGUGA